CAGACCAGAGAAUCCGAACGAGAUCAGGACACAGACACGUACAUAUAUAUCGACUGAAUCUCUUCACCAUAUCCUCAAAUCUCUGUUACAAUCUCGCCCAAAAAAGGGGGAAAAAAGGGGAAGCAUAACCCUAAUAAACCAUCGACAAUCUCCUCUUAGUCCUCCUCCAAUGGCGGCUCUCGAGUUGCAGAAGCCAGUGAUCGAUGAAGAAGAAGGCGAUAACGACGAAUCUCCCGUUGAGGAGGUUCGUCUCACGGUUCCGAACCACGAUGAUCCGUCCUUGCCCGUUUGGACAUUUCGAAUGUGGUUUCUUGGCCUCUUUUCCUGCGUUCUUCUCUCCUUCCUCAACACGUUCUUCGGGUACAGGACUCAGCCUCUCAUGAUCUCCAUGAUCUCGAUUCAAGUUGUGACUUUACCGAUCGGGAAGAUGAUGGCUCGUGUUUUACCCGACAAGAAGUUCCGGGUCGGGUCAUUUGAGUUUUCUCUCAAUCCUGGUCCCUUCAAUGUCAAGGAACAUGUCCUGAUCUCGAUGUUUGCCAAUGCUGGUGCUGGGUACGGCUCUGGUACGGCUUACGCCGUCGGCAUCGUCGAUAUCAUCAAGGCCUUUUACAAGAGAAAUAUUAGUUUUCUAGCCAGUUGGUUGCUUGUGAUUACAACCCAGGUUCUUGGGUAUGGUUGGGCAGGUAUUAUGAGAAGGCUCCUGGUUGAACCUGCCCAGAUGUGGUGGCCGAGUAGUCUGCUUCAAGUUUCUCUCUUUCGUGCUCUCCACGAGAAGGACACCCAGAGGAUGUCUCGGGGGAAAUUCUUCUUGAUUGCUUUCCUUUGCAGCUUUGCCUGGUACAUUUUCCCUGGCUACUUGUUUCCGACAUUAUCAGCCAUCUCAUGGGUUUGCUGGGUUUUCCCCAAGUCAGUCACUGCACAGCAAAUAGGUUCAGGCAUGUCUGGUCUCGGUCUCGGUGCUUUCGCUCUUGAUUGGUCUGUCAUAGCUUCUUACCUUGGCAGCCCUCUUAUUUCUCCCUUUUUCGCCAUUGUCAACGUUAUCGUCGGGUAUGUGUUGGUCAUGUAUAUGUUUAUCCCGAUAGCGUAUUGGGGCGUAAACAUGUAUGACGCCAAAAAGUUCCCGAUUUUCUCCUCUGAUCUGUUCGAUUCAAAAGGGCAGCUUUACAAUACUUCAGCCAUUGUGAACGAUGAGUUUGAACUCGACAUUCCUUCGUACGGCCGAGAGGGCAGGGUUUACCUCAGCACGUUCUUCUCUCUCACUUAUGGGAUCGGUUUCGCUGCAAUUGUCUCGACACUAACUCAUGUAGCCCUGUUCAAUGGAAAGGGGAUUCUGCAACAACUGCGAGCUUCAGCUUCGGACAAAGUGGAUAUCCACACAAGAUUGAUGAGGAAGUAUAAGGACAUUCCGAGCUGGUGGUUUCACUCUUUGCUUAUCGGCUCGUUGGCUUUAUCUCUUGUUCUCUGCAUAUUCAUGAAGGAUCAGGUCCAGAUGCCAUGGUGGGGGCUCCUCCUCGCAUCUGUCAUGGCCAUAACCUUCACUGUUCCGGUCAGCAUUAUCACCGCCACGACAAAUCAGACUCCGGGUUUGAACAUAAUCACUGAAUAUCUCAUGGGUGUCUUGUUGCCUGGACGACCAAUAGCUAAUGUCUGUUUCAAGACAUAUGGGUACAUAAGCAUGUCACAGGCCAUUACAUUUCUCAAUGACUUCAAGUUAGGUCAUUACAUGAAGAUACCGCCAAGAUCGAUGUUCUUAGUCCAGUUCAUAGGAACUAUCAUAGCAGGGACAGUGAACGUAUCAGUAGCAUGGUACUUGCUGACAACAGUGGAAAACAUAUGUCAGAAAGAGUUGCUUCCUCCAAACAGUCCGUGGACAUGUCCAGGUGACAGAGUGUUCUUCGACGCUUCCGUGAUAUGGGGAUUAGUCGGGCCGAGAAGAAUCUUUGGAAACCUCGGAAAUUACCCCGAGCUCAACUGGUUCUUCCUCUUCGGUGCACUAGGACCUCUGAUCGUCUGGAUUCUCCACAAAGCGUUUCCCAACCAAAAAUGGAUAUCUCAGAUCAAUCUUCCGGUUCUUCUCGGGUCAACGGCCGCAAUGCCACCCGCAACGAGCGUAAACUUCAACUGCUGGAUCAUUAUCGGUGUUAUAUUCAACUAUUUCGUGUUCAAGUACAGGAAAAGCUGGUGGCAGAGGUAUAACUAUGUUCUGUCUGCCGCAUUGGAUGCUGGUUUAGCUUUCAUGGGAGUGCUUCUUUACUUCACAUUGUCAAUGAACGACAUAUCCAUUUCUUGGUGGGGUUCUAAUGGCGAGAACUGCCCCCUUGCUUCUUGUCCUACUGCCGAAGGAGUUGAAGUUGAAGGCUGUCCUGCCUUUUAAUUUUUUUUUUUAUUUAUAAAAAAUUCUGCAUUAAUCAAUCAAGCAACUUGUGUAAACUAUGUUUUUCUUUCUUCUUUUCCCCUUCCCCCUUUCCUCAAAUGACUCAAAUUCUAUUUUUUUU